AAUUGCGAAAAAACUGUUUUUUCCCCAUUUCUGUGCCUAUGACAGGAUACACUGUGUAAGACAUCUUGUAUGUUCAUUGCCAUACAUUCCUUUAUACCCUAUCCUCUAUCCACUCCAUCAUCAUCUCCGUCCCCCCUUCACAACCACCGAUACCCAGUCGCUUUUCCUGGGAAGAACGUUUCCCUCCAAACGCGUCAAUUUGCGUAAGCUGACUUUGGUCAUAAGGGAAAUUCAGCGCGCCGCUUCAAAAGUUGGGUUUCAGGUGGCAUCAUCGUCCUACAUUAUCAGGAGACAAACCGAGUCAGUUUGACCCGCCAUCCAUUCCUUUCUAGAUAAGGAGUCUAUAUACCCCACCUUUUCUUUCAGGAACAGCGUUCGGUCACGCAUUUCACAAUGGCCGAUCAACAUUCUGUAGGAUCACAAGAGGGUCUCGUCAACCGCCGUGGCGGUUCGAUCUCCUCUAGUCGGAAUCAGGAUGAACAAAAGCAUAUGUAUCAACCCGGACAGCCAAUCGGUUAUUUAGCAGCCCGUGGAACGCCAUACGAACGGAAAUAUUUCACUAGAAAGCUUGGUUUCUGCUGUUUAUUCCUUGCACCUCCAAUCCUACUCGUAGUUCUUGCCAUCGCAUUGGUUCCAGUCUUGUACGCCAUCGCCGAUCAUGCUCUACAUACCUCCGUCUUUCACGUUUACGGUUCCAACAUUACCGAUCCACAAAACGGUUCUUUUCCCCUAACGUUGAACGCUCAGGUGAAAAAGGUCGGUAUUUUCCCUGCUUCAAUUGCAUUCCGUGAACCUAUCGACGUGUAUUGGAACACUCCUAAACCUGAUAUGCGAGAAGUACACCUUGGUAGCUUUCCUCUUGCAAGAGUGAACGCAGCAGCAGGUCAUGGUACCGUGAACCAAGCAACGUUCUUCACCAUCGCAGAUCAAGAUGCAUUUAGCAUCUUUGCUGGAUAUCUAAUCUCCCAAGAAGAAUUCACUUGGAGAAUUAAGAGUAACAAUUUGCACGUCGAGGCUUUCAGCUUUUUCCCAACGUACAAGAGCUUGAGUAUCACAAAGGAUAUCAUCAUCAAGGGUAUCAACAAUUUCGGAAAAGUUGAAAUUCUUGAUUUGCAAUUGCCUGGUGCCGAUCCUCAAGGUGGUAUUUCGGUCAUCACAACUACAAAUUUGGUCAACCCUUCGCCAUUCGGUAUUCAAGUUGGAACGUUGGACUUGGACUUGUACUACAAAGGUCACUAUGUCGGUCCAGUCUCUGUUGAAGGUUUGAACAUCACUGCCGGUCCAAACAUUGUUACCUUAAGUGGACGUGUUCUGCCUUACCCAAAUAACCAAACUGCUCUUAACAUUCUCGGUGAUCUUUUCACAAAUUACAUCAACAGUGUCCCAUCCGAUGUCGUCGCAACCGGAAAGAGGGUUCAACAAGCAAACGGUGAUGUUGUCAAAUGGCUAUCCGAUGGUGUUUCUCAAUUGAACGCACACGUAAACUUUGUACCACCACAACCUAUCGACCCUAUCAAAGGUAUCACCAUUGAGACCAUCAAUUUAGAAUACUCUCAAGAUCUACCGUACAAUCCUAUCCUGUCUUCCUCAGCUCUCAAGGGUGUUUUCCAAUUGCCUUUCGGAUUCCCAUUGAACAUUACUCAAUUGGCCACACAAUUGAACAUUGCGAUGCAAGGUGCAAACAUUGGUUCGGCAACAGGUCCUUAUGCUGAUUCCAAUACGAUCAUCAAUGUUUUGAGUGAAGGACAAACGGCAGGUGAUAUCGACUUGUCACUUCCGGCAUCCCAAUUAUUGCUACCAAACAGCACCGACGCAGCAAAGAAACAAUUGAUCGCUUUCCAAAACGCAUUUGUGUACACGGAUGGUACAGGGUUCGAUAUCUCCGGUGCAGCAAAGGCAUUGACAGAUACACCCGUUGGUUUGAUUCUCUUGGAUGGUAUCAAAUUCAAUGUUUCAACCGGUUUGAAAGGUCUAGCAGGUUUGACACGCUACCCUACAAUCAUCAACUCUGUCGAUGUCACGGGUGGUACACAGGAGGCUGUUGAUCUCGCCGUCGCUUUGACAGUCGUCAAUCCUUCCAACUUGAACUUAUCAACCGGAGACGUUAAACUUGAAUUGCUCAAUCAAGUUCCAUUAGGUAUCACUACCUUGCCCAACUUGAAGCUGUUGCCUGGCCGUAAUGAUAUCAACGCUACUGCCACUUUCGAUCCGAAUGUCAGCCCUUACGGUCUGGAUACUUUGAACCGUUUCAUUUCAGGUUUGGACACUAACCUCAACGCAUCAGGUUUCGGAGCAUCUUCUCAGAUUGUUUCUUUGGCGCCUGUUUUGGAAGGUUUGCGAUUGAACACCACUUUGCCAGCUUUGCAAAGAACUUUGGUUCAAGCUGCAAAUUUGACCGUUUUGGAUACCACAGGUAUUGAAAAUGAUAUCGCCAACUCGGUCGUUCAAUUGGCCAAUCCAUUCACUUCUUCGUUGGAAAUCACAAGAAUUGCUGCAAAUGCUUCUGCAAAAGGUAUCUUUUUGGCAAACAUCAACACCGAUCUGCAAUUCAACGCUGUUGGAAAAACAACUUCACCUUCACCUAACGUGCCUCUCUCUUUGAACUUGUACCCACCAGACUUGUUCUCCGUCUUGCGUGAAUUUGCAAUUGACUCUGGACAGAACCCUGCUUAUGUUGAUGGUAUCGUUCAAUUGGGUGGUUUCACUUUGACACCACCUGCCGUUCAGACAAACAGCAAGCGUUCCAUUGCAGGAGAUGCAGAGUACUACAGCGAAGAUGAUUCUUUCACAUUCGUUGACGAGAAUGCUGCUGUUGAUGCUCAAUUAUCAGCAAUGUCCAAUCCAGGAAUCUACUACGAUGUUGCAGAAGAAGAAGAUGAAGGUAUCUCAAUGGAAGGUGAAGAAAGAGCCACAAAACGUGCCUUACCUUUGGCUACGGCCGGAAUGAAGAAACGUGACAAUUUGUACACCGGUUUCAACUUGGAAACAUAUGUCGGAAAAGCAUUCUCCGUAGCAAAGGCUGAUCUGCAAAUCGUUUCUGAUGCUACAAUUGGAGAAUAUGGUACUACUUUGACGUUCUCACAAUCCCAAGUUCCUUUGGGUACCGAUGCAACAUUGUUCAAGCUCUUGCCCGUUUUAGCCAAGCCAAUCGUACAACGCAUUGUCGAUGGUGCUAUUUUGAACAUUGACCGUGUCACAAUUACUGAGGCACGUCCUACCGGAUUCACGGCUCAAUUGUCAGGUGCAUUGACAAAUGCAGGUCCAUUCGACGGCAUCGUCACUUUCCCUGAAGGCUUGAGCAUUUACUGGCAAAAUCAAUUGUUGACUCAAACUGCAUUCCCCAAUAUCACCUUAGUCGGAGAUCUUGGCUCAUCGUUGAACGUGCAAUUGGAAGGUAAUAUUCCUGAUGUCGAUUACUUUACCAAGUUCUUGUCAUCAGCCAUCACGGAUCCUUCUUUCGUUUGGGAUAUUCGCGGUACAGGUAUUUCUGUUUCUGCUAUUGGUAUUGAGGUUCCAGGAAUUAGCUUGACAAAAUCUGUUCAAUUGACCGGUUUGAACGGUUUGAAGGGACAAGUCAUCAUCAACUCUUUCGAUUUGCCAUACAAUGACCCUGCUGGCGGUAUUCACUUGACCGCAAUCAGUACGAUCAACAAUCCUGCUCAAGUUGGUGUUGCGCUCUCUUCAUUCGGAGUUGAUAUUUCAAUGGGCUCUACAGAUGUUGGACCUUCUGCUGCUGCAGUUCCGUUCACUUUGCAAGCAUUGGCAGUUACUGAAGUUCCAUUGGCAGGUAGAAUUCAAAGACAAGAUUCUCAACAAGGUUUGGCAGAUCUAUCAACAAUCUUUACACGUUUCGUUCAUAACCAAAACACUGAUUUGGUUGUUCAAGGUGUUUAUGCUGGACCUUCAGAUGUUGCAUGGUUGAACAAUGGUAUCAAAGCAUUGCGCGUUACUGUUGCUUUGCCUGCUCAAGACUUCCAAGUUAUUCGUUUGAUCUCUUUGAACCAAUUGUCUUUGUUCUUCACCGUGCCAACUGCAUGGAACCCACAAACAGAUUCCAGCAACACAACCGCAAACUUCUUCUUGCCAUUCGCUUUCCCAGUUGAUAUCACCCAAGUUUCCGGUCCUUUCACAGCAAACUACAACAAUCAAGACAUGGCCGUUUUGAACAUUCCGACAUCACCAACAACAACUGAUGUGGAAGCACGUAUCUUAACAUUGGCUUUCUCGAACGUUCCGUUUGCUGUAUUCGGUAACGCACAUCAAACCUUCUCUCAAUUUGCUGCCGACUUCGUUGCACGUGAGCAAAUCACAUUCAACUUGCAUGGAACAACUGAUGCCAGCUUGAACACUGCAGCUGGACAAUUGAGCAUCUCACAAAUUCCAUUCAAUUUGAACACCAACUUGCUUGGUUUGCAAGGAUUGAACGCCAAACCCGCUGUGGUCAGCAAUUUGGAUGUUUAUCACGGUUACCCAACCUACUUGCAAAUCAAUGUCGAUACUGCACUGUUCAACCCAUCCGAUACUACCGUUGGAGCAGGUGAUGUUUCAUUCGCUGUUGAAUUCAUGAACAAGAUCAUCGGUAACGCAAUGAUCAAGAACAUUCUCUUGCCACCUGGAGAUAUCAGCGUACCAACAGAGAUUCAAUAUAUGCCAAUCGGUGCUGAUAACGUGGCAGCAGGUCAACAAUUAUUGGAAAACUACGUGCAAAAUAUCACUUCAACGGCAAUUGUUCUGGGUACUUCUCAGACCACACCAAUUGAAUCAUUGAAGCAAGCUUUGGCACAAAUUCAGUUGUCCACCCAAAUUCCAGCUUUGAACCAAUUGCUGGUUCAACGUACUUUCUUGACCGUUCCAAAGGAUAUUGCUCAGAAUGGAGGUGUUGCAUCUGUCACGGUUACGAUCAACAAUCCUUUCACUGCUGGUAUUCACUUGUUGGAAUUACAUGCUGCUGCAAACUUUGAAGAUAUCACAGUUGGUAGAAUUGAUCAAAACUUGGCUGCAAGCAAUAAUAUCAUCAACGCACCUGGACAUGAAGUUUCUACUUCACAACCAGUCCCAUUCAACAUUAAUAUCAAUCCAAAGAAUUUGCUUAGAUUCAUUCUGGCUGCUGCUCAAGCUUAUGGUGUCUCUCUUGGUCCAUUGCCACCAUUCUUCCAAGAAGUGUUGAAUUUGCCAAAUGAUGCAGCUACACAAGUCAGUCCUUACCCUGAUGAUUCACCUCCUCCAUGCAGCGGUGGAGAUCCAUUUGAUACCUUGGGCGCCAUCAAGAAGCUAGUUGCUCCAUUGGCUGUCAGCAUUCCCAUUCAAUCGGUCACAAAAUUGGACGAUUAUCAAACCAAUUUGAACUUCAUCCAACAACCUGUCCCAGUCGGUACCGACGAUUCAAUCUUGUACCUCGUUGGUCCUGCAGCUGCACCUUUGAUUCAAUUGAUCGUCGAUCAAGCAACAUUGUCAACAUCACGUGCAAAUGCCACCUCUUUGACAAAUGAAGGAUUCACGGUUGCCAUCUUGGGUCAAUUGUUGACAAAUGCACCUGCUGAUGCCUAUAUCGAAGCACCUGAUGGACUGACCGUUAACUUCCAAGGGCAAGAUAUUGCAACUUUGGCAAUUCCACCUUUGUGCACAAAUGUUCCAGAUGGUAUUCCCAACUUGCAAAUCACUGCUCAAUUGACAAUCUUGCCCGGCAAGACUGACGCAUUCGCUGAUUUCGCAUACUACUUGUUGACCGAGCCAAACUUCCAAUGGACUUUACACUCAGACACAGUCACUGUGCGAACUUUGGGUAUCAAAUUCAGCAAGGUUCAAUUGUCCAAGACGAUUCAAUUGGAUGCUUUCAAUGGGUUACCUGGUAUUGUCAUUACAAGCUUUGAGACGAAUGGUGAUGGAGACAAAGAAAUCUUGAUCACAACUGGUGUUGCUAUUCCAUCACAAGCUGGUUUGGGUGUCGAAUUGGGUCAAGCAACGUUUGAUUUGAUUUUCCAACAGACGAACAUUGGUCGUGCUUCGUCUUCAGGAUUAUUUUUGGCUUACAAAACUACAACUGAUGCAAUUUUGAAGGGUUACUUGAGCGAUCAAUCCAACAAUCCUCAAGGUUUGGCUGAUUUGGGUGUCUUGUUUACACAAUACCUCGCAGGUCAAAACAGUACUUUGACCAUUCGUGGAUAUGAUGUUAUUGGACCUGCAUCUGGUGGUCAACCAAUCAAUUGGCUCACAACCGCUUUCAAACGUUUCAGUACCCAAGUUAUCUUGCCAGGUCACAUUUACCAAAUCAUUUUCGCAAUCACAUUAUCAGAUUUGGAAGUGUACUUGGUAAAUCAAUCAGAAGACUUCCACGUUCCUGCUACCAACCAACACACAACAGCCACGUUUGCCAACCCAUUGGUGUUCAGUUUGAGCGUUGUCAACUUGAAGCCAUCCAUCACGAUCACAUACAUGGGUGCCGACACAGCCUCACUCAAUUUGCCCACUAUCGAAGCUAAUUCAGCAGUUUCACACAACCCAAGCGAAAAGGUUGAUUUGAGUUUCGGUUUCACAAACCAAACCAUCAAUUCGCUCAAUGAUCCUUCGUUUGCAUCCUUCUUUGGCGCUUUGACUGAUACAUCAAGUGCAACGUUUGGUCUAAAGGGUAGUACGGAUGUGUUGGCGCAAACUGUGAUCGGAAGAAUUCCAAUUCAACACAUUCCCUUCAACGUUACAACUUCUUUGGCCGGUAUUAAUUCGUUCAACCAUAAGAUCGAUCUCGUCAGCAGUUCCGUCGAUGACCCUGUUGCUGCUUAUCUCGGUGUCCAUUUGAACACUUCGCUCGAGAACCCAAGUAAUUUGACUGUGCACUCCAACCAAAUUAGUCUGCCAACAUUCUAUCAAGGAACUGCAAACACAAACAUUGGUCGUGCUUUCAUUCCAGUCCUUAACUUGGUUCCCGGUACGAAUGCAAUCCCAGUCUUGUUUGAACUCAUGAUCAUUAACAACAACAGUGACACUCAAGAAGUGAUUCGUCGUUAUGUUUCGCCUACUGAUGACACUACAGGAGGCGGUGCAAAGAAGGACACGAUUCCAUUGACGAUCAACGGAGGAGGUAACCCUAGCAUUACAGAUCCCGCUCCAUUGUCACCGUAUGGUUCUUUGAAUACUGGUUUGGCUGGCGUGACAGCAGAUACUGCUUUGGAAGGUAUCGGAUCUUUGGUCAUUUCCGAUGUUCGUGUAUACUUGGGUCCGUCUGUUAUUGCUUCUUUGCUUGGUCAAGUACUGGGAGGCUUAUUGUUGGGUAAUAAGACAAAUACCGCAAUCCCAGCCUACGCGGAUGCCUAUGUUGAUUUCAACAACGACUUACCAUCCGGAUUGCUGUUCAAGGAAAUUUAUUCAAACAUUUUCAGUGCAGGAACAAAUGAUCAAUAUGCAACCUUUACCAACGUCUACAACGGCUUCAGUGAUGGCGAUGCAGCCAAUUCAGGAACGGUUGUAAUCAAUCCCAAGACACCAAAGACCACUGGAAGAGUGAAGGAUAUUCUCUUGACAAAAGGUGUUCUUGGCUCUCUGCCAUUGAUCGGUAAAUCGCUCAAAUUGGAGAACGUGAUUCAAUUGGAUCUAUUCCAAGCAGCAGAUCAAUCGCAGCAAUACUUUGUUCCAGGUUUGCAUUACACCCAAGAUCAAGUGUGCACACAAUACUAUAUCACCAUUGAAGAUGACCCACAGGAUGACAAGGGUGUUUUGCCUUUGGGUGAUAGUUGUAAUGGUGGUGGUGGCUUCCCUACUGCUUUGUUGAACGAUGUCGGACAACUUCUUGGUCUAUUGAAUCAACUUGGAUUCGGAGGAAAGUUGGGAAGUAUUCUCAACCCCAUCUUGGAUGGAGCAAAUGCUGGAGGAUUGCCAGGCUUACUUGGUGGAGUUAGUCAAUCACUUCAAAACACAUUAUGUGCAGGUCCUGUCAAUUUGGGAACGUUCUUGGGCGGUGCAGCAUGCUCUGUUUCAAGUUCGUCUACCUCUUCGAUGUCAAGCACAAGUGCUUCUAGUGCGGCUACAUCUCUACCUUUGACCGGCAUCACCUCAUUGAUUCCUUCUGUAUCGACUCCAGGAACUACUCCAGCUUCUUCAGGAACCACUCCAGCUUCUUCAGGAACUACAACCCCAGCAGCGAAUACAGGAAACGCAUCAAGUACGGGAAGUGCUACUCCAUUGCUAACAAUAUGAUGAUGCACUAAAAAAGAGCACUGUCUCUUGACCAUCACCCUCUCUUCAAAAAUUCGUAUUUUUAUCUUUCUUGCUAAUCGUCCGGCAUUCCCUUGAUGGAGCCAGAACGUCAUCAAUUUUCUCACAAGCACGCACACGCAAACAAACAUUCACUCUUUCGAUCAUUUCUUGCAAACUAUACAUUCAUGGGGACAAUUCUUUUAAACAGGAUCUCACUCCAACAAAAUCGAUCAACCACUUUCGUUUUCUAACCCGUUUGCUUUAAUUUUAUUUCUUUUGCAAUACCUUCUGCUCGUGCACGAGAAUUCUAUCUCUUGUUGCUUGCUAGACGCUCGAUUUCUUUCUAUUUCUGUAAUCAAACUCUUUCACUUUUUAUCUUUUUGUAGAGGUUUUCCCCUUGUGAUGCGUCAAUACAAUUUCCAAUUUGAAUCGUAA